AUCGUUUAAUACUAAUUGAUUGUUAUAUAGAAAGAUUAUUUUUUCCAACAGCAGCAAGUUUAAUUUUUAUUGGAACUAUACUUAAUCUAUUUUCAUUAUAUUGUUUUCUUAAAAUGAAUAAACGAAAUUCACAAAAUGUUUAUCUAUCUGUAUUAGCACUAGGAGAUACACUUAAUUUACAUAUAAAUUUUACAAUUCCAAUAUUAAGACAAAUCGAUACAAUCGAUGACUAUUUUCAUAAUUCUUCAAUUCUAUGUCGAGUAAAUGGUCUUUUAACCGAAUUUUUUUUAAUAUUUCCAACAUGGAUUGUUGUUUUAUUAACUUUUGAACGUUUAAUAUGUGUUUUACGACCCCUCAAAUGUCAUUCAUUAUAUACACAUAAACGUGCAAAAAUUUCAAUAUUUAUAUUAGUAUUAAUCGUUAUAUGUUUAUGUAUUUAUCGUUUUUUCGAUUUAAAAGGUAUUGAUCAAGUUAGUGUUUUUUCAAUAGUUGCAUGUGAUGGAAAUACAUAUAAAACAUUGAUAAUAAUAAGACAUAUAAAUUUAAUUAUCUGGGCAAUUUUACCGGAAUUUUUAACAUUAAUAAUGAAUUUAAUUAUUAUUUAUAAUAUAAAAUUAGCAACACAAAGGUUUGAACCACUUUAUUCUCAAGCACGUCAAGCGAAAUUUAAUCAAGCAACAAAAACAGUUUUACUUAUCUCAAUACUAUUUUUAAUAUUUCACACGCCAACAGGUAUUAUGAUUGGUCUUAAUUUAAUUUAUGCUACUAAAGAAAGAACAAUUGGUUUAACAAUAAUUCUUGUCUCAAGAAAAUUCACAGUUAUACUUUAUGAAAUAAGUUUAUGUUGUAAAUUUUUUAUUUAUAAUCAAACAUUUAGAAAUUUUAAAGAUAUAUUUUAUACAUCAAUAUCACGUUUUACUCGUCAUACAAAUUCAGCUAAAUUAGGUCGACCAGUUUUUGCUACAAAUCAUGCACAUUAUCAUCAAACAAAAUCAUUUCAAUUUGGUCAAAUGAAAUAUAAUACUGUUUAUCGAGCUAAAGAAACUGAUUUAUUAGUUCAUCAACAACCUAAAUGUUCAUUAAUAACACCAACAAAUACAUCAAGAGCAAGUCGAGAUCAAGAACAACAACAACAACAACAACAACAAUCAUUGAGUGUUGCAAUGACAAAGAUAAAUGAUUGUAUUAAAAUAACAUUACCUGAAACACCUUUUUUAUUAAGAAGAUUAUCAACAGGUACAAGAAUGCGAUCCAAUAAACAAUUAUUAUGGCAUAUUAAAUCUCAAAUAACGUUAUGA